AUGGACUUUGCCAACUCACAGGAACCCCCGAACAAGAAGCGGCGGUUCUUUGCUGACGCGGAUGAGCUUUCAGACCCGGUAUCAAGUCCGAACGCCAAUUCAAGAGUCAAGACAGAAAACGGCAGCGACGCCACACGCUCCGACAAUGCCAUCUUGUCGGAUGCCAGUCAUGCAACCGCCAGCUCGUCUGGCGAAGGUGCCGUUUCCUUUGAUAUUGAUACGUUCGAAGCCUUUGUUGGUGAGAAGGUGACGAAGGACAUUGUCGCCAUCCUCCGUGAACAGAGCAAUAACAGCAUGGAACAUGCGGUCAACAUGUACUUGGAUGGCGCGUACAAAAAGUUUCUGAAGCCAUUGACUAUCAAGAGCUCGCCGAUACGAACGCCGAAUGCAACUGAACCGAGCAGAACGCCGGCACCGGCGCCGCGCUGUAUGCCGACUGCACGCUACAUUGGCGCCUUUGGUGUCGAAGGCUGGGCGACCCGCAGCGGUGCAAACAUCCUGAAGCACGGCGACACUGUCAAGAUAGAACGACAGAAGAUUCGACCUCCUGCACCCCCGAAAACCAAGGCAAAGCUCGGCGUACCGGUAACUCCAGUGCGAAACAAUACGGCUGCAUCGCGACGAAUCGACGUGAUUGUGCGCUUCACGAACGAUAGUGGUAUGGAGAUUGGUCGGCUCGCGAAAGAUACGGCAAAUUGGGUCUCGACACUUAUCGAUCAAAAAAUCUGCAAGUUUGACGGAAGCGUUGUUUAUGCGCCUGAUAGGUUACGGACAAACGACACGAUAUUUCUUCAACUCAAAUGCUCCCUGCUCAACUCCGCCUUCUACAACCGCAGCUUCCAGCUUGCCGAUGAUCGUCCUCAGGCGUUUUUUGAACAAGCCGAAACCACUGACGAAAAGAAUUUGCGUCUGCGGCAGGUCGCACUUGUCAAACUAUUUCAGGAAAUUGGUCUGCAGCCGACUGUUGCCAACGCGGCCGCCAACGACGGUCGCCAAGGCCUGUUAAAAGCGGCAGAGAUGGACGAGGAAAAGCAAGCGGACCAGAAAAGGCUUGGUGCUAUCAAGGACUCAGACUCGCCGGCUUCAGACGAUGCUGAAGAGGGUAAAGAGCUGGAGCAAGAUCAGCUUGACGCACUAUACAAAAAAGCGCAGUCGUUCGAUUUUAGUACGCCGGAACAAGAUCCAGCUGAUACUUUUGCCAUGACACUGCGCCCCUAUCAGAAGCAAUCCCUGCAUUGGAUGAUAGCCAAAGAAAAGGAUGCGCGAAGCAAUAGAGAGCCAUCUAUGCACCCGCUUUGGGAAGAAUACGUCUGGCCUGUCAAAGAUCAUGAUGACAAGGCCUUGCCCGUGGUUAGCGACGUCACGAGGUUUUAUGUUAACCCAUAUUCUGGUGACUUGUCACUUGAAUUUCCUGUACAGGAGCAACACUGCCUGGGUGGUAUCCUCGCCGACGAAAUGGGUCUCGGCAAAACAAUCCAAAUGCUCAGUCUUGUGCACUCCCACAAGUCAGAGUUUGCUCGCCAAGCUCGUGCUGCUAAUGGCGGCAUCGCAACGGUGAAUCAGCUUCAGCGUCUUGGUUCUUCUUCUUCGACCAUGGUUGACGCCCCGUGCACCACCCUGGUUGUGGCUCCAAUGUCCUUGUUGUCACAGUGGCAGAGUGAAGCUGAAAAGGCUUCAAAAGAAGGCACCAUGAAGAUAGAACUCUAUUAUGGAAAUGAAAAAACGAAUAAUCUGCAAGCGCUUUGCAGCGGCUCUAACGCAUCAAUGGCACCGGACGUGGUCAUCACGAGCUACGGAGUCAUUCUUUCCGAAUUCAGCGCUAUUACGGCAAAGAACGGCGACAAGUCCUUCCAUAAUGGUAUAUUUUCUCUCAACUUCUUCCGCAUCAUACUAGACGAAGCGCACCACAUCAAGAACCGGUCGUCAAAAACAGCCAGGGCGUGUUAUGAGAUUUCUGCAACGCAUCGUUGGGUGCUGACUGGCACUCCCAUUGUGAAUAAGUUGGAGGACUUGUUCAGUCUAGUACGGUUCCUCGGUGUCGAACCAUGGAACAAUUUUUCAUUUUGGAAAACGUUCAUCACUGUGCCGUUUGAGUCUGGCGAUUUCGUUCGGGCGCUUAACGUCGUGCAGACGGUGCUGGAGCCGCUGGUGAUGCGCCGCACGAAAGAUAUGAAGACGCCAGACGGGCAACCAUUGGUACCGCUGCCGCCUAAACAGGUUGAUUUGGUAGAGGUUGAGCUCUCCAAGACAGAGAGAGACGUCUACGACUACAUUUAUAACCGAGCGAAACGAACAUUCAACCAAAAUGUGGAAGCUGGAACUGUGAUGAAGGCUUUCACGACCAUUUUUGCCCAAAUUCUACGCCUGCGGCAAUCCUGCUGCCAUCCGAUUCUUGUGCGAAACAAAGACAUUGUGGCGGACGAGGAAGAAGCUGGCGCAGCAGCAGAUGCCAACACUGGGUUUGCCGACGAUAUGGAUUUGGAAAAUUUGAUCCAGCACUUUACCGCCGACAUAGAGGAGGCUUCCAAAGACAAUCAAGCAUAUGGCGUCAAUGCACUGAGCGAGAUCCGCGACGAGUCGGAGAAGGAAUGCCCUUUUUGCUUUGAACAGCCCAUGAACGACCAGACAGUGACGGGCUGCUGGCACUCUGCGUGCAAAAAGUGCCUCGUGGAGUUUAUGAAGCACGAGACUGACCGCGGCGUGGUUCCGAAGUGCUUCAGCUGCCGCGCGCCGCUCAACUUCCGGGACCUCUUUGAAGUUGUCAGACACGAUGACGAAAUAGACCUGUCUACGGGCAAGCCACGCAUCAGUCUCCAGCGCCUCGGUAUGUCGUCUUCCUCAUCCAAGGUGGCUGCUCUCAUCAGCCAACUACGCGCCGUGCGCAAAGACUGCCCAAAUAUGAAAUCAGUCGUCUUUUCUCAGUUUACCUCGUUUCUGAGUCUGAUUGAGCCGGCCCUCACACGCGCCAACAUUAAAUUCCUGCGUCUCGAUGGCAGCAUGGCGCAGAAAGCACGCGCUGCCGUCCUCAACCAGUUUACCGACAAGCCAGGCUUCAUGGUGCUGCUCAUCAGCCUACGGGCGGGCGGCGUCGGGCUCAACCUGACGAGCGCAGGACGCGUCUUCAUGAUGGACCCUUGGUGGAGCUUUGCGGUGGAAGCGCAAGCCAUUGAUCGCGUGCACCGCCUGGGGCAGGAGGACGAGGUGCAGGUCAAGCGCUUUAUUGUAAAGGAGAGCGUAGAGGAGCGAAUGCUAAAGAUUCAGGAACGCAAAAAGUUUAUUGCGACGUCGCUGGGCAUGAUGAGCGAUGAGGAGAAGAGAGUGCAGCGCAUCGAGGACAUGAAAGAACUGCUUAGCUAA